AUGAAACGAUUGUCCAUCAAAUUAGCACGCCGCUCAAGAGGCAAAACGGGUCAUGCCGCUGACCCACACGUCCAACGUCCACACUCUGGCAUCUCCCCACCAAGUGCCGCAAGCCAGAGCACGUCCCCAGUUGCACCUAUUGACACUCCAUCUACAGGUGUCGUGAACUCCUCAAUCCCUCCCCAGAGCAAUGAAGCCAACGAGUCGACGGCUCUCAGUGCAGUUGUCACGAAAAGAGACUAUUGGCAAUUAGCCAUCGAUGCACUCCAAGCCGAAGACCAUAAAGAAUCAGUCAAGCAACGGAUCACUGUGAUACAGCAAGAGGCAGCUGGUUCGGGCAAUUCCGAUUUUGCGUCCCUGCUGCUUCAAGCGACACAGCAGAGUCAGCGGGACCUUGAGGCCAAAAGAUGGACGAUCACCACAGGAUCGUGGAACAUCCGUGUUCGUCAACAGUUCGACCGAACAAUCAAGGCCUUGCAGGUGUUCAAAGAACUGUGCCAACCUGCAUACAAUGCCGAUCCAGUUCAUAUCGGCCUGCCUCUAGCCGGCCUAUGUGUGCUGAUGCAGCUGGCAAUCUCAGAUUCUGAGCAAUACGCUGCCAUGCUCGAAGGCGUGGCAGACAUCGUUGUGAUUUUAACAACCUAUCAACAUAUCGAGGCCUUGUAUCUCGCGCGACCCAAUGAAGAUCUGACCCACCAGUUCGAGCAACAUCUUAUCAGCCUUUAUUAG